AUGCCUCUCAAUUUGACAAUCCAGUGUAUUGUUUUUUAUGUAUUAAUGGCAAAUUUAUUAGUUAGUUCACACGAUAUAUUUGAUAUGUUGUCUAAGGCUAAUGAUCCAGUUGUUAAAGCGGCUGUUGAUGCGCCAACUGAUGUGAAAGCAACAGCCAACGAAAAUGCAGGCAAUCUUAAAAAUGACGCAGCAUCUACAUUAACAUUUAAAACUGAAUAUCGAACAGUACUCAAUGCCUAUCGCCAUGUAGUUAGAGAUUGGACAGAAAAAUUUCCUUCGGAAAAUGCCGGAGAGUAUUGUUUCUUACUUCAAUUAUCUUCAAGUGAAGUUGAUCGACUUCAUAAAUUUGCUGCUGCAUCAAGUUAUGAAGAAAAAAAUGUUCUUCAUGAGGUUCAUGUUGUAUCGGAUAUUCUCAAACGUGCUGUAUACAAAAUUGAAGUAGAAAACUCAACACUUAAUGAUGUCACCUGGUCUGCAUGGUUACGAUCAUUUGAUAUCAACGUGAUAAUUAAAGUUGGUUGCUUUCUCAGUGUGAUUGGAAUAAUAAGUUUUAUCAGCAUUCGUGUUCAUCUUGGUUCCGGUCGAUGGUUUGCAACUUUCUUCAUAUUUGCAUUCAUAACUUCUGUUAUGCAAAAUUGGUAUGGCCUCUAUCAGGAAGCACAAGCGAAAGUCGAUGUAGUUCUUAUGAAACAAUUACCAAAACAUUGCAUAACUGGUUCGAAAGGAUUUUUUUGGGCUAUCAUAUCUUAUUUUAGUGGUUUUGUGCAAUUGCCAGUUAAUGAAUGUUUAGAUUAUCAGAAAGCAUUACAUGCUAUACCUCAUACACAAGCGACGCCCAUUCAAGCUAUUUCAGUUACUAUCGCUCAACUAUUUACUACGCCACUUGGUGAAAUCGGUGAGAAAUUGUCAGAAUUCUUUGCUGGUACCAUGCGUCAUGUGCCCACGUUGUCAUGGCCAAUUGUUAUUGGUUUAAUUGUAUUUAUUUUGGUUGUUGUUCUUCUUAUGCAUUCACGGUAUGAAAUAAAUUUACCUAUUAUGAUGGGCUCUCUUCGGCCAUCUGCUCAUGGCGCUAUUCAAGGAGCAGCGCGUGAGAAAGAAUUAGAAGAUGCAUUGAAUGCUUCGAAAAGUACUGUAAAAAGCUUGGAAAAUACAAUAAAAGAAUUAGAAAAAACAAACCGCACACUUGAAUAUAAUAUCGAAUCAAAAAAGCAUGUUAGUCGAUCAUCAAGUAAUGAAAGAAUAAAUCUUCAACGCGAACGCUCAUCAUCAAACCGACGAGAAAAUAAUGAACUACGCAAACGAACAACGUCACCAUUACGUGCUAAUCAAUCAUCACAUAUGGAAACAAAAGAAAAUCGUGAUCCAUGCCAGCCAAAAGCAGCAUCAAAUCUUGGUGUACAACGUGAAUUUCUUCCUGAUUAG